AUAGUCAUCGUCUGCCACGUCAUUGCUUACACUUAGCUCAAUCUCUCUCUGAGUUACAAUUUCGGAGAAUCGAUCGCCGCCACGGCCACGGCACCAAAUCUCGAGCUCCCGCCGUCGUACUCGCCGUUCACUUUCGCACUCUCCGGAGGGAGCGAGUUGACACUCACAGAGGAAAAGAAGGCGGAUAGGAGCUAUGUAUAGAGAGAAACGAGGAGGCGGGGGAUCGAAAGCGGUUGCGGCGGCGGAGAUAGGUCACGUCGGCGAUAGGAAGAGACUGAACGAAGCUUUGGACAAGCACUUGGACCGCUCCUCGCCUUCCACCUCUACAAACGCUACCAGAGGGCUCGCUGUUAAGGAUCCUCGUUUGUCCACGUACAAUUCCAAGGACUCGCGAUCUUCGGCACCCGAUAAUAACAACAAAGGCUCCGAUGUGGAAUUUGAAACCGACAGUGAGGAGUCAGAUAUUAGUGGAUCUGAUGCUGAUGACACACCAUGGGUAUCGUGGUAUUGUAAUCUACGUGGGAAUGAGUUCUUCUGUGAAGUUGAUGAUGACUACAUCCAAGAUGACUUUAACCUCUGUGGUCUUAGCAGCCUAGUCCCAUAUUAUGAUUAUGCACUUGAUUUGAUUUUGGACGUUGAAUCUUCUCAUGGUGAUAUGUUUACAGAAGAACAGAAUGAACUAGUUGAAUCAGCAGCUGAGAUGCUUUAUGGCCUAAUACAUAACCGCUACAUAUUGACAACCAAAGGACUUGCUGCAAUGCUAGAGAAAUACAAAAAUGCUGAAUUUGGUAGAUGCCCAAGAGUUUACUGCUGUGGUCAACCAUGCCUCCCUGUUGGUCAGUCAGACAUACCUCGACAGAGCACAGUGAAAAUAUUUUGCCCUAGGUGUGAAGAAAUAUACACUCCUAGAUCCAGAUAUCAAGAGAGCAUCGACGGAGCCUAUUUUGGGACGACAUUUCCGCACCUUUUCCUGUUGACUUACAAACACCUCAAGCCACAGAAGUCUUCACAGAGCUACAUCCCUCGGGUAUUUGGUUUCAAAGUCCACAAGCCAUGAUCCUGGAGUUAUUACUCGGGAUUUGUAUCAUUAUCAAUGCUUCAGGAGGGGGGAUAGACACUCACCAUAUAUUCUAUACCUUACAUAUAAAGGCAAGAUACAAGAAGUACAAAGAUGCUCAAGUCUAUGUCAACUUUCUUGCUUAAUGUAGUUACCUUCAAUCAAAAAGUGUUUUUUCCCACUGUGAAUUGCAGUUUUCCCUAUUCCUUGUUGUGUUUCUCAUUGGUAUUCAGUCCACUAAAGUGCAUCAAUCAUUUCGAGAAUGACUUGUAAUCCUGAAUUUCUCAUGAAAACAUUCAGAAUUCCAGUUUUUAAGAAUACAGUAUUACAGUAUUAUAGUGUGGUUUGCUGUGCCCUCUCAUUAGCUCA